AUGGAGGACGCGGCGGUUCGCCACCACAUGAGCUGCAUGACUCCUGACUAUGCUGCCAAGAAUUACUCGCGGUCCGACGUGCUGCAGCACAUGGACCUUCUAAAGGAGGCGUCGGCGCUUAAAGAGGGUGUGCCUGCGCUGCGGCUCGACAUGCGCGCGACCGACAGCGGCGACGCGAACGACCUCCUGCAGGUGUUACUCUUCAACAGUCGCAGCGCGUCGAACCAAUUCAGCGAGUUCCUCCUCAACCCUCUCAAGCUCGAAAUCGGCGCGCUUAUCGCCGUCGGCGCGUCGGGCGAGGUGCGCCGCGGCAGCUACGAGGGGAAGGCGGUGGCCGUGAAGAUAAUGAAGGGUGACACUAUCGAUCGCCACGCCAGCGCGACGGAAUUCCGGCAGGAAGUGCAGACGCUCAUGUCGUGCGACGAGUGCCCGCGACUGCUCGAGUUCGUCGGCGUGUGCCUCGACACGCGCCGUCGCAUGUGCAUCGUCACGCGACUCAUGGAGGGCGGCACGCUCAGUGACCUUGUGCGACGUCGCCACGGCGAGCGACUCCCGCUCGGCGACGCCCUGCGAAUCGCGCACGAUGUCGCAGAGGGGAUGUCGUUUCUCCACGGGCGCGGCGUGAUUCACCGCGACCUGAAAUCCGCCAACGUCCUCCUCGAUUCCGCCGGCCGCGCCGUCGUCGGCGAUUUCGGCGUGGCGCGGCUGAAGGGGGAGCGCGGCGACAUGACCAAGGAGGUCGGAACUUACCGUUGGAUGGCGCCCGAAGCGUUCGGUACGAGCGCGUGGCACGUGACGCACAAGAGCGACGUGUACAGCUUCGGAGUCGUGCUCUGGGAACUCGUCGCGUGUCAACUGCCGUUUGAGGAUUACACUCCGUUACAAGCCGCGGUGGCGGUGGCGCUUAACGGGUUGCGCCCGACGAUCCCGGCGGACUGCCCAGUGGGGCUGCGGCGGCUGAUUGAGCGGUGCUGGGAUAAGUGCCCUGAGGCGCGGCCUGAGUUUGACGAGGUCGUGAAGGAAAUCGCUGCGCUGCAAGAGCAGUUUUGUCCGUGGACCAGCUGUGGUGAUAAUCCUGCUGCUGAUGCUCCCUGA